AUACGUGCAGAGUCCACAUAAAACAUAAAUAUUUUUAAGUAUUUUACAAUAAUUGUAGAAUUUUUGCAACAAAAUUACUUCGUAACGCAAAUUUCAAUGCAUUAUCUUCCAAGAUUACAUGUUAGUUGGCCGCGAAAAUAGUGAAUUGUUGGUAAAAAAAAGAAGUGAAAAAUUUGGCCAAAUGGCCUACGAGAUGAAAACGUAGAAAAAGAAGUGGCCAGGCAGUCAGUAUGUAGUACGUCGUUGUGCUGUCCACCAUUCAAUUGUUUAAAUUAAGUCCUGAGGAGGCUUCAUCCUCAGGCAGUAUGCGUCGAUUUAUGCAUAUAUUCCAAAAAUACAUUUAGAAAAAGUGUAAAAAUUAUGAAAAAUCCAGUGGAAACCAUGGGAAAAAAUUGCGCCAAUAAGUAAAAGUGGGAACAACCACAUCACACACAUACAAGCAAAAAUCAGAUGAAACUUUGUUUUCCUUUAGAAAAAUUUCCAAAAUUUCUCAAAAAAUCUCAACUUUAUCCGAACCCCCUAUAUAUGCGAUGAGCAUAAAACGAAGAAUGUAUGUGUUGGUCAAAUGAAUUUUUAAUGAAUUCAAAGUGAAAAAUAUUCCCAAAAAAAAACUUGAAAUAUUUGUUGUCCCUAGUAAUGGGUACAAAGAUAAUUGUAUUUCCAAAAUAAUAUUCAAACUAUAAAAUAAUAACAUAAAUAGCCGGAUUUGUGAACCACAACAAACAGAGGGCAUUAAUAACUACAGCAAUAUGUCUCGGUGGGGCAAACAUAUUGUGGUUCCUUUGGAAACCUCCAAAGAGAGCACAAACCGUCCCACUGUGGCUCGUUCUCUGGGCACUAUGGGUAAAUGGGGUAAAAUGGGCUUUACUUCGACACGCACCUACACAAUGUCUGCCUUGCCGGCAGUAGUAGCUGCUGCUGCUGCGGCCGUAGCAGCUGCCAGCCCACAGGAAAGUCCAGCAUCGCAUAAGGAAGACGAUCAAUCGGUGUCGGUUCUGGAACCACCGAAACCACGCAAAUUCUUCAAAUCACGCAAUACCACACCGCCCGAAGUUAUAGCACAAAUCAUACAACAAAUCCCCCGCACACCCGCAUCGCCCACUCGCGACAGCAGCGGUACGUCUACUAUGCCCUCCUUUCUAAGCACACCCGUACGUGAACCCAUCAAAAUGAAAAUACCCAAAAGCAAUUCUGCAGAGCGGAAAAAGAAAGCACCUAAGAAAACUUCCAAAAAGACCGGCACUAACACCACCACCGAGGGCACAACGGAAACAACUGGAGAUCAUGAAGCCGACGACAAACCGCCACCCGAACCGAAAUCAACGAAAAAGAAGAAAGAAAAAGAGCUUAAACCAGAGGCGCCACCUUCACGUAUUUUGGGCAGAGCUCGCAAAGCUGUCAACUAUUGUGAGGAUGAUUAUGACGAUCGAAAUCCUACGCCCAUUAAGGAUAUUGUAGUGCCGAAACAAAAGAAGGCGGAAAAGGUGAUCAGUGUUCAAGAGACGCCGCCACCAACGCCUGCACACAAAGUCGAUGAUGUUUAUGCAUCGUGUGAUACACCGGAACCGGUGUUACCUCCACCGGCAGCACCGCAACAACCACCAUUAAUAGUACAUCAGCCCCAAGCAAUUGUAAAUAGUGCAGCUUCCAAAACGCCCGAACAUCCUCCCAUUGUACUAAGAAUAUCAAAGGGUACCUCACGCUUAGUCAGUACUGAUAGUGAAGAACAACAACCGAAUGCUUCCUCAUCAACGCCGCCAUCCGAAACAACAGCUGCUAACAUAACGCUCACAGAGACGCCACAGUCUUCAUUGACGUUGUCUAUAGCGAAAUCUCGACAAGCCUCCGUAGAAGAUUCCUCAACACCCGCCAUUAUUACAACGCCGAAGAUUAUUGUGAAACCUUUGAGGCCACCUUCACCUGUAUUACAUCCAGCUGCAGUCUCCAACCAACAGGACGAGGAAGCCGAAGAAAGUGGUGAAGAGGAGGAGGAGGAAGAAGAGGACGAGGAAGAAGCUGAACCAGAGCCGGAACCACCAGAAAUAAACUAUUGCACUGUUAAAAUAUCUCCAGAUAAGCCACCAAAAGAACGCUUGAAGUUGAUUAUCAAAACAGAUGUUAUCCGAAAUGCCAUAGCAGCGGCGGCCGCAGCCGAAGCAAAGGCGAAAGCAAAAAAGGAGCUUCUUGAAGCCUCUGGACGUUCUGGUAAUGAGGGAAAAUCUAAAAAGAAUAAAAAACGCAAACAUUUAAAACACGCUGCGGUUGAACAACUUACGCCACAACAAGGAUCAUCAAGUGAAUUUAAAAUCCCUUCGCCACAUCCCGCUCUAGGCAAUAGUAAUACUAUACAUGAUCAACUCACGACACAUCACCCGCCUCCUUCAUCUAUGCUGCAUUCAGCUCCCUCACACUCAAAUGUAACUGCAUCCGCCUCUAGAACCGUAGUAUCUCCUGCAGCUUUAUCCGAAAAAGAUUUCGACUCUCAAUCAUCUGUUCUGGGGAGUAUAUCGUCAAAAGGCAAUAGUACGCCGUUAGACAUACAACCGCCUCCGGAAGAAAGUUGUGUUUUACAUAGUAGAGGCUCUAGUGUGAUAACAAGUGACCUUGAGACAAGCCAGCACUCAUCGCUGGUGGCGCCUCCCUCGGACAUUGAAUUAAGACUGGAGUCCAUGAUGAUGGAUGGGGAAAGUAGUCAACAGCAACGAACCUCUGCUACUUUUGUUGAAGCCGAACCUUUGCAAGAGGACAUAUUGGCUGUACUGAGAGGUGAUGAAACAACAACAGCCAUGGAUGUAGUAGCGGAAGAGCCACAAACAGAGGCUAUAAAAGAAAACGGCUUAGAGAAAGACAAUAUCGAAAACAUAGAAACAGCGGAUGAUAAUGCUGUUGCUACUCCCGUCGCCACAAGGGGUCGCCUAACAAGAGGACGGCCCAAACCCAACAACCAACCCAUAGCCAACGUCGAACCUCUAGUACAAGCGCCGAGAACGCGAGGACGCAAGCCAGCUGCUGUUUUACAGCCCUCUGCCAUUCCCGCUGAGGAAAUUCCUGUCGCUCCCAUUAAACGCACAACACGAAGAGGAAAGAAGUUUGUAGAGGACACCAAUUCACCGAUCGUUAUGGAUGACACACCUCAAGCGGCAAUUCCAGAGGAAUCAUCUCCAAAUAAAUCAGAGGAAGAAAAUAAUCCUGUCUUGGCCCCGGCGGUUACCACAAGAAGAGGCAGAAUACCACGCAAUGCCAACAACCUUAAUAAUAACAACAAUAAUACCAACAAUAAUAACAAUAUUAACAAAAUUUCGACAAACAUUACGACUAAAGCCAAUAACCCGCCGGAAGCAGUUACCAACCAUAAGCUUACACCUAGCGAGACAACGACGAAUGCCACGCCCGCAUCAGCGGCAGCCGCUAGCGCACAAAAAAGCUAUGGUCGCAAACGAAAGAAUCAGCAAGCAACACAAGUGUUGCAAGCAAGUACCCUACAGGAAGACAUUGAAGACUACUCACAACCCACACCCGCCAAAAAGUCUAGCCUUGAUUUGCCCUCUACAGAGGAAAAUCUCGACACUCAAAUUACACCUAUGCAGCCAUUCAACGAGAAUCGACUCACACCCUCUUUGGAUCUGCAGGAGAAUAAUUCGCUGGAUUCUUGUUCCUUACCGCGACCGCCUAGCAGCUUAGGCGGCGAAAAUCCGUCGCUUUCACCACCUCUGAGAGACUACAAGAUAAAGGAUAAAUUCAAGCGUACCUUAACCCUUGACACUCAAGUCAAUAACACAGUGGUGGUAAAGCAAACCGAUGCCGUAUCCGCCCCCACAAAUCAACAACAGCAGGUCGAACCUGUCAAGUUAGUUAUCUCCAAAAAGAAGGGUAGCAUCUUUAAGAGUAGAGUACCAUCAGAGCAAACUGAACACACGGGAGGAGGUAAAAGACAUUUGUAUAAGCACCGAUGGGAUGCAACAGCCAAUGGCGAUGCAAACAGCGAAGACAAUGCGCCCGCCACAGCUGCCAACAAAGUUUCCGAGCCCAAGAACACAAAUUCUACAGUGGAAGCCAUCUUUAAUGACUUCAAUAGCGAUGAAACUCGCAGCAGUCCUGUACCUCCCAUUAAAAUGACAAGGGUCAUUAAACCAAACCCUCAAGCAAUUCCUUCAGCGGGAUCUGCGCUGGACGACCCCAUGGCUGAUUCAAUUACGUCGGUGAAAAUUGAUAGAAAAGCGAAAGAAUAUUACACAGUGGUGCGUAACGUCAAAACAGCCCAUCAAAUCCAAGAAAUCGGAGAAUAUCAAGAAAUGGAUGAUGACGUUGAGUAUAUUCUGGAUGCUUUGCAACCCCACAAUCCCAUGUCCACUCGUUGCCUGUCAGCCCUGCAAUUAGCCACCAAAUGUAUGGUUCCUGCUUUCCGUAUGCAUGUUCGGGCGCACGGUGUUGUAACUAAAUUCUUCAAAGCCCUCUCUGAUGCAAAUCGUGAUCUCUCACUGGGACUGUGUACUACAGCAAUUAUGUACAUUUUGUCUCAAGAAGGUUUAAAUAUGGAUUUGGAUAGGGAUUCGCUGGAGCUAAUGAUGCUGCUGCUAGAAUCCGAACAAACGGUAGCAGCGCCAGCAGAUCAUGCCAACUACGAGAGAAACAAACAAAGAGUAAGAGAACUGUGUGAGGAAAUCAAAGUCCAGGGCAAAGCAACACAUUUAAAUGUUGACUCGAUCACCGUGGGUACCCUAGCCAUGGAAACGUUGCUAUCUCUUACUUCCAAACGGGCGGGGGAUUGGUUCAAAGAGGAACUGCGAGAAUUGGGCGGUCUGGAGCACAUUAUAAAAACUAUCAACGAUUGCUGUCGUCCGGUCAUUGACAAUGUGUACAGUGAGACGGGCAUUAAUUGGACGCGACCUCUUUUAGAUAAUAUGCAAACCGUGGAACGGUGCCUGCGUGUUUUGGAAAAUGUCACUCAAUUAAAUGAAGAAAAUCAACAGUACAUACUCACAUAUAACAAGGGUUCGGCCGCAACGACGUUAUGUUCCCUGUAUUCCCUCUGUAAUCGUGAGAUAAUAAUGUAUCCAACAUCAGAGUUUACAUCACGAGACAAUCCGGGCAUUGUUAUACGAGAAUUGUUGAUUCCUCUUAUGAAAGUGCUCAUCAGUUUAACGCAUCCGUUUAGUCCGACGAACACAUUAGGUGCCGAAUUGGUGGGGCAAAAGGCUGAUGUUAUCGAUACAAGUCUCCAUUUGCUAUUGAAGGCACCCAACUACAUUCCGGAUCGCUGUGUCUUUGAACUUAGUAUAUUGUCCCUUUUACUGCUGAACAAUCUAACAAUGUACACCUUGCAAAAUCGUAAACGCAUUAUGCAAGCUGGAGCUCCUUCCGACUUUAAUUUAAGCCAUGAUGUCACGCAGCAACCGCCGGAAACCGCAAUAGCAGCUGUAAUGGCUUACUUCUAUAGAUGUGAAGAACUAGCACGAUUGGUGGAAAAGAACACUGAUGCCUUUCUGGAUAAACAGGAUAAGAAUAAAAAGAAGCAAGAAGAAGUUGAUGAGACUGUAAAUAAUUUACUCCAAAAAGCUGGUCAUCAUAUGGAACAUUCCCUGAAAGGCAGUUACACGGCAAUAUUAAUUGGACAUUUAAUUACCGACAAUGAAGAAUAUGAAGCAAUUGUACGGUCUCAUGUUAAGGGCAAUUGUUUCAAGGAGAUUAUAAGCGUUUUAGAGAAAUACUACAACUUUAUGAAUUUAACAGCCAGUGCCGAAGCUUCGGUGGUAGCACACAUAAAAUCGACACAAAAAUUAUUGGAAUAUUUCAAAAAACGCGAUCUUUUGCAUGAGGAUGCAAGGCCGUUCACACGAAACGAUACAGAUUAUACUGAUGCGGUGCCGCUUAACUUGGAAACACAUCAUCAUCGGCAAAAUGAUGAGCUAGCCAAUACAUCGGCGGCUAAUAGUGGUACAUCAUCCACGCAGCGUGUUUACAAGACCUACAGUCAAAGAUAAGAAUAAUUGAGCAACACAUAGAAAAAGUUGAACCCGUAAAAUUGCAACUUUGUUUUGUUUUUAAUUUAAAAAUUUAAUUAAUAGCAUAUUUAAGGUAUAUUUUUAAUACUUUUUGUUUUAGAAAAAGAAACAAUGUGUAAUAUUUCGUUUUAAA